CAAUGGGGAGACUGAUUUUCAUAGCAGUUCUCAUGGUGGUGUUAAUUGCAAAUUUUGCAACUAGUGAAGUAGCUGUAGAUGGUGCUGUUGUUGUUGGGUCUAGUAACCCUAAGGAAGGAGAUAAAUUAGCUAUGGUUCAAGAAGAGGAGGAUAUGGAUGGUGGUUUCUCGUCCUUAGAUGGAAUGUUACAAUGGGCUAUAGGGCAUUCGGAUCCUGGAGUACUAAAAGAAAGAUCAGAAGUUGCUCAACGCAUGUCUCCGGAGGAGCUAAACAAACGCCAGACUGAACUGAAGGAACUGUUGGAGAAGCUAAAAAUGCCCUCAGAUGCGCAGUUGAUGCUGAUUGCGGUUAAUGAUUUAGAUAAUUCAUCCCUACCUCUGGAGCAUCAUCUUCGUGCCUUGGAGGAGCUGUUGGUACUUGUUGAGCAUAUUGAUAAUGCAAUUGAUCUGCAGAAACUUGGAGGCAUCAGUGUACUUAUAAGAAUACUUAAUCAUUCUGAACCAGAAAUAAGGACUGCUGCGGCAUGGGUUCUUGGCAAAGCCAAUCAAAAUAACCCCCUUGUUCAGAAGCAGGUCCUGGAACUUGGGGCAUUGAAAUUGCUAAUGAAGAUGAUGAAAUCUGACACAACUGAAGAAGGUGUAAAAGCUUUAUUUGCUAUUUCAGCACUAAUAAGAAAUAACGUGAAUGGCCAAAAUUUGUUUUAUCAGGAAGCUGGAGAUACGAUGCUUCAGGAGGUUCUUAGCAAUUCAAAUCUGGAUAUCAGGUUACAUAAAAAGUCACUGUUUCUUAUUGCUGAUUUAGCUGAGAGUCAGCUGGAAAAUGAGAACACAGCUGAGGUUUCCUUUUUUAGUAAUCGAUUGUUACUGAAGGCCAUUGUUGAUUCAAUGGCAUCAAGUGAUCUUGAUCUAAAGGAAAAGGCUCUUUACGCAAUUAAAAACAUACUACUACUUAGAUCGACGACUGAAGUUCAACUCUUCAGAGACUUCUGUAAAUUGAACGAGGUACUUGAGAGGACGAGGCAACAGUUAAAUGAUCUUAGAGAAGAAUAUGCAAUGGAUGUGGAGAGUCUUCGUAAAGAAGUUAACCUGACCUUCCUUCAAAAGCUGAAUAAGGUGACGGAAACAUUAAUAUAG